CCUCCCCUCGCCGGCAGUGCAACACCACGCUGCGCGCCAAGAAGGGCCCCACGUUGUCUCCGUUGCCGACUUUUCACCCCGCAGCCAUUCGGCUCAGGACCGAGACCGCAGCUGGCCCUGCGAGCACAACAUGCCCCUCCUCUGCCCAUGCACCUGCUCUCCUGCUCUCCUGCCUGCUCGCUCACCGCCGGAGCUGCCCCCCCACGUGCAUGUUUUGCCAUCUUUCGCUGCUCGGACGGGAAUGUUGCAAGCCACGAACGGGAAUUUCCUGGGGUCAAACGCCAAUCUUCGGGUCAAGUUCGGUCCGGUGACUCCGGAUAACUUCGAGGGACAUCUCCUUCUCACCUUGCCUCGCUGCUCACUCCACUCCCCUCUUAAAUGGCAAGACACAUCCCCACCCUCAACUUAAACCUCGUAUUCUCGUCCCCAGCACCACCGCCGCCAAGAAGCACGAUGGCGACGUUCCACCCAGGCGAGCACGAGGACCCCGCCCCACAGAUCAACGCCGCGCCGGCGCGCUCAUGGGUGCCCAAGUCGAGCGCCGCGCGGCUGUCACUCAACGCCGACUGGAAGUUCCGCUGGAGCCCAAGCCCGCUCACCCACGACGAGGGCUUUGCGCAGGCCAAGUCCGACGCCGAGUGGGACACACUCCCCGUCCCCUCGCACUGGGUCCUGCACGGCGACGGCAAGUACGGCCGCCAGGCGUACGUCAACAUCCGCUACCCCCUGCCCAUUGACCCGCCGCGCGUGCCGGAUGAGAACCCGACCGGAGACUAUCGGUACACUUUUGAGCUGCCCCAGGACUGGAAGAUUGAGGAUGGCAAGACCCUCCUCCGCUUCGACGGCGUCGACUCGUGGGCCAAGGUCUGGCUGAACGGCACCUACCUCGGCACGUCGACCGGCUCGCGCCUGCCCGUCGAGUUCGAUGCCACCGCCGCGCUCCGCCCCGGCGCCAACACGGUCGCCGUGCGCGUCGUGCAGUGGUCCGCGGCCACCUACCUCGAGGACCAGGACCAGUGGUGGAUGCCGGGCAUCUUCCGUGACGUGACGCUGCUCCACCGGCCCAAGGGCUCGGUCGACGACUACUUCGUCCACGCCAACUACGACCACGCGAGCGGCAAGGGCACGCUCAAGGUCGAGUCGAGCCCUGCUGGCCGCGUCGUCGUGCCUGCGCUCGGCAUCGACGUGGCCACGGGCGAGGAGGUGUCGGUCCCCGUGUCGCCUUGGACCGCCGAGACGCCGACACUGUACGACGCCGAGCUGCGCACCCCCGGCGAGACGAUCCCCCUGCGUAUCGGCUUCCGCACCGUCACCUACAACGACGGCCUGAUCAAGGUCAACGGCCGCCGCGUCCUCUUCCGCGGCGUGAACCGCCACGAGUUCAGCCCGGAGCACGGCCGCGCCGUCACCCCCGAGAUCAUGCUCCAGGACGUGCUCCUCAUGAAGCAGCACAACGUCAACGCCGUCCGCACGUCGCACUACCCGCCCCACCCGCACUUCCUCUCGCUCUGUGACGAGUACGGCCUGUGGGUCGUCGACGAGUGUGACUACGAAACCCACGGGUUCGAGUGGAACGGGUGGGUCGACAACCCGUCCAGCUCGCCCAUGUACACGCCCGCGCUGCUCAACCGCGCCGAGCGCAUGGUCGAGCGCGACAAGAACCACCCGUCGAUUGUCAUCUGGUCGCUGGGCAACGAGGCAGGCAAGGGCGACAACCUGCGCCUCAUGUCCGAGUGGAUCCGGAAGCGUGACCCCUCGCGCGCGAUCCACUACGAGGGUGACCGCGAGUCGUCCUACACCGACAUGUACUCGCGGAUGUACGCGACGCACGCCGAGGUCGACGAGAUUGGCAGGUACGCCGAGCCGCCGCUCGAGGACGCGGCACUCGAUGCCCGCCGCCGUAACCUCCCCUUCGUGCUCUGCGAGUACGUCCACUCCAUGGGCAACGGCCCCGGCGGGAUCAAGGAGUACCAGGACCUGUUUGAGAAGUACCCGCGCUGCCAGGGCGGCUUCAUCUGGGAGUGGAUCGACCACUGCUUCAAGCAGGUCGCGCCGAACGGCAAGACGCACUGGGCGUACGGCGGCGACUUUGGCGAGGAGAUCCACGACGGCAACUUUAUCGCCGACGGCAUGCUCUUCCCGGACCGCAAGCCGAGCCCCGGGUUGAUCGAGUUCAAGAAGGUGAUUUCGCCCAUCAAGGUGGUUGUUGGCAAGGACGACGUGACCAUCACCAACACGCUCGACUUUGGGGAUACCGCACACCUCGAGUGGACGCAGGCGCACAAGGUGCUGGGCGAGAAGGUCGAGGCGGCGGCGUCGGCGCUGGCCGUGCCCGUUCUCAAGGCGGGCGAGAGCGUGACCCUCAAGCUUGCGGCGCUCCCAGCGUCGGCCCACGAGGCUGUCACCACCGUCACGGCGAGCGUGCGGCCCGAUGUGGCGUGGGCGCAGCACGUCCAGCCGGGCGCAGACCGCGUCGUCGCUUGGGGCCAGUAUGUGUCCCCAGCGGCGCCCAAGCCCGCUUCCGCGGCCGCCGUCGCGCCCCAGGUCAACGGUGACAAGAUCCACCUCGGCCCCGCAGUGUUUGACAAGCGCGGCACGCUGCUCACCCUCGGCUCGCUGUCCCUCGUCGCACCGCGCCUCGACAUCUGGCGCGCGACGACGGACAACGACCGCGGCCCCGACGAAGUGACCAAGCGCGUCCUCGCCAACGAGUGGAAGGAGGCCAACUUUGACAGGCUCAAGCACCGCGUCGACGCCGUCGAGGCGACUGGCUCGGCGCUGGUCGUGCGUACCCGCGCCGCGGCGUGGGUGUACAACCGCGCCCUGGAGACGGUCUACACGUACACCUCGGACGGCAAGUCGCUCUCGCUGCACGUCGCCGUCAAGCCCACCGGCGACUGGGGCGAGCUGUUCCUCCCCCGUCUCGGCAUCCGCCUCGGCCUGCCAAAGGACACCAACGACGUCACCUACGUCGGCUACGGCCCCGGCGAGGCGUACCCCGACUCCAGGACCGCCGUCCUCCUCGACAGCUACAAGACGACGGUCGACGCCCUCCAGACGCCGUACGUUUUCCCGCAGGAGAACGGCUACCGCGCCGACGUGCGCCGGGCGCAGGUUGGCGCGCUGCGGAUCGAGAACGAGGCGAAGCCCUUCGGCCUCACUGUCCGCCGGUGGACGAGCGAGGCGCUCGAGGCGGCCAAGCACAGCUCAGACUUGGAGGUGGACGACCACGUCUGGGUCAACGUCGACCACGCGCAGCACGGCAUCGGCACUGCUUCGUGUGGCGAGGGACCUCUGCCCCAGUACCGCCUCAAGCCAGAGGCUGCCGAGUUUGAGGUGACCUUUACGGCGGUGUAGGUGUGGCAGAGACGAGGUGACGCGACGACAAGAUAGACAACGGAAGUGACUGUAUCAAGAUGCAUUGCAACAAGGCCAAUAUUCAUUCUGUACAAACCGAGCGAGCACGAACGAGGGCACGGACUUACCUGGGGAAACCGAAGUCGCCGACAAGGUGUACUCACCUACCCCUUCUGUAGGUUAGCCGUUUGCUCUCACAAACAGAGGUAGUCUCUGCUCCAGCGGAACAGUGACGGCCGACGAGUACGUUGCAAUGAGUACCCGUCCGUUUGACUUCACUCCUAACCAUCCGGUGACAAGGUGCACAAUGACCAAGGGCGCGUCCGGUUCCCCUCCCGGAGGAGGGGUUCGAGAGGUCAAGGGAAAAGGUAUUACAUGGCCGAGGCCAUGCUUGCGCGGCACCGCCCCACUCACUGCCCGUACUGGAGAGUCGGAAUGGUAUACGCGGGCCAUCCUAUCGGAGGCCCGCACGGACAACGGCGCUCCCAACCGACUAAAGCUUGGAUGCAAACAGCGCUGAGUACCAGGUAUGUUGGGUACCGAGAUAAUUGCGAAUGAGCCGCGAAGGUUGCCACCGCUGCCCUCCCCCAAACAGACGCGAAACCAGACCUACCUGCAGGAACCAAGGUGUGGCGUCGAUAAGACGGCGCUCGAGAUGGGCUGCGG